AUGGCGGCAGACCGACCUCGGAAAAUAGUGAACAGUGAUGUGCGUGAAGAGCGUUGCUUCUAUGCUUCUAGGACCGAUUGGAGUGCGAACUGUGAAGGCUCGUUAAUCACACCAGAGCCGAUGGGCGUGGCCUCAGCUGAGCUUAGACGGACGAAGGGAACCUCAUAG